UUUCUACUUGAGGAGCUCAUUUUCAGAGCACAAGAAUUUGUUGAAGAAGAGGAGGAAAUUAGUUUGGCCCUCUUUGCUCCUGAUGGUUGCACCAUGUCGAGACGCAAGCAAGCCAAGCCGCAGCACAUAAACUCAGACGAGCCAGGCUCCGCGCAGAAUGAUAUCACAGACCACGAGGAGCCUGGGAAUGAGAUGAAGCGGUUCCGUAUGGAUGAGACACGUGUGUGUAACGGCUGCUGUGCUGAGUUCUUCGAUGAGGCAGAGUUCUUGGAGCAUGAGAAGAGUUGCACUAAAAAUCAGCAGGUUGUGAUCAUGAAAGAGGGAGACGGUUCUGUGCCAGAGGAGUUCGCCCAGGGCUCUCCUGAUGUGAGUGACCCAGAGGAUGGCCAGUCGAGCAGCCCCUCUCUUACUGCUGCUCCUGAAGCUCCAGCGGAGGAGGAGGGCUCUGUGGAGGAUGUAGCCCACACAGAGCUCUCUGACCGGGGCUUCUCCUCCUCCUCUCCUCAAGACUCUAAUGUGACUCUGGAGGCUCUGGCUGAUACUAAAGUGGCUGUGUCUCAGCAUGUGUCUAACAGCUCUAGCUCUGCACAGGACACAGCGCAGGUGCUCCCUCUGCUCCUGGAGCAACUCAUUGUUUUACAGCAGCAGCAGCUACAACAGAUCCAGCUCACAGAGCAGAUUAGAAUCCAGAUUGCCAUGAUGACGCCCCAGGGCCUGACACCUGGAGCCAUGGACCCCCUCAAAGCUCUGGGGGCCCACCUGUCCCAGCAGCUCUCUGCAGCAGCUGCUCUCAUCGGGAAGAGGACCGGCGGCCAAACCCUGCCCAUGGAGACCAAACCAGGAAAACUACCUCUGUCCAACAGCGCUCCAACCUCAGCUCUGGGGAAGAUGGAUGUUUUAAAGGGCCUUCCAGACCUGGCCAGCCGCAUACCAGCACUACUCCCCCAGUCGCCAGUCAUGGGCUUCCCAAGUACCUUCAGUGGAUCAGAUGCCUCCAAAAAGGCCAAGGCUAAACUGCUGAGUCUGCCUACAGAAACCAAGCCCAGUGACCCCAUGUACAAGCACAAGUGUAAAUACUGCGGCAAAACCUUCGGCAAUGACAGUGCUCUGCAGAUCCACCUGCGCUCCCACACCGGAGAGCGCCCCUUUAAGUGUAACAUCUGUGGGAACCGCUUCACUACCAAAGGAAACCUCAAAGUGCAUUUCCAGAGGCACAAGGACAAGUACCCCAAUAUCGCCAUGAACCCUCACCCUGUGCCCGAGCACCUGGACAAUGUGCCCACCAGCAGCGGCAUCCCGUUCGGCAUGUCCGUGCCCCUGGAUGAGUCCAACCUGACCGACCUCAAACUGCCCACUGGCCUACCCCCCUCUCUGCCCUCCGGUCUGCCCCCCUUCAUCGGCUCAGAGAGCUUCUCACAGAGGCCGUCCCCGUCCACCAGUGAGGGAUCUUCCUCUGUGUUCCCAGAGUCAGGACUGGACCAGGCGCAGAAGGACUCCAAAGACCUGCUGGGGGCGCUCCACACGAUGAACGGCUCUGGAGAAAGCUCUGGAACAGCCAAACUGCAGCAGAUGGUGGACGGGCUGGAGAAGAGGACCAAUGACCCCAACGAGUGCCUGAUCUGUCACAGGGUCCUGAGCUGCCAGAGCUCCUUGAAAAUGCAUUACCGCACACACACAGGAGAGAGACCACACAAGUGUAAGAUCUGCGGCCGCGCCUUCUCCACAAAGGGCAACCUGAAGGCUCACUACGGGGUCCACCGCGCCAACACGCCACUCAAAAUGCAGCACUCCUGCCCCAUCUGCCAGAAGAAGUUCACCAACGCUGUGGUCCUCCAGCAGCACAUCCGCAUGCACAUGGGCGGACAGAUCCCCAACACGCCGGUCACAGAAAACCAGUUUGAACCGACCGAAGCCAUGGACUCCUCUCUCCCAGAUGAGAAGUCACUAGACACAAGUGGGUUUGAGGCCACGAUGGAGGACCAAGAGGCUGACCUGAGUAAUGACAAAUCCAAUGAACCAUCUGCUCCAGUCACCCCUGCUCCAGAAGAAAAUCCAACCAUUCCUAGUGCUUUCUCCAGCCUGGAUGUGCUCAAAAACCUCACGUCUGCUCUAGCUCUGAAACGCCAAACCAGCACAGCGUCUGAAAGCGAAACAUCGAGGGAGUCUCCGUCUGUUCCCAGGGAAACGGACUAUCACAAUGGUCGCAGCCCAGCUAUUUCAGACUCCGCUAUGUCGUCUUCAUCUCCCGUAAAUUCCAGUAUGAUGAACGGAAAGUCCCCCAAUUCGGAGGAGUUUGGGUCCAGUGCGUCCAGGCCAGACUCUGAUAGUGGAGCCCAAGAUGGAACAGAGUCAAGUGGAGCUCUCGACCUCACGUCCUCUGGCAGCUUCACCCCCAAAUCAAUCAAAGAGGAGCCCACCACCCCUUACACUAAUGGAGACUACGGUCAAAGCAGUAUGCCCUUCAUAAGGAUACCCCCCAGCCUGGCCAGUCUGGAGAUGAAACUUCCUCCUGAAAACCCCCUGAGCGCUCACGGCCUGUUCAGCUCUCACAUGCCCCAGGGCACCGCCAUGGCCUCCUCUGUCUCUGCGGCCCCCAGGAGGCAGAGCAAACAGCACCUGUGCAACGUCUGUGGGAAAAACUUCAGUUCAGCCAGUGCUCUGCAGAUCCAUGAGAGGACACACACCGGAGAGAAGCCCUUCGCCUGCCACAUCUGCGGAAGGGCGUUCACCACCAAAGGAAACCUCAAGGUGCAUAUUGGAACUCACAUGUGGAACAACAACUCCCGACGUGGCCAGCGCCUGUCUCUGGAUAACCCCAUGGCUCUGAUGGCGAUGACCACCGACCCCAAGAUGCUCCCCACGCCCAAAGACCUGCCCACGCCCCCUCCUCCCCCGCCCCACCUGAACUUCGACCCCUCCCUGUGGAACCAGUACGCCGCGGCAUUCAGUGGGGGCCUGACCAUGAAGGCCAACGAGAUCUCCGUCAUCCAGGGAGGGGGGAUACCGAUCCCAGGUAGCCCCGCGGGAGGACCUCUGAUCGGGUCGACGGGCGGGAUUGGAGACAUGGAGAAGAACAGUUCGGAUGGCGCGCCGAAAACACAAUUUCCACAUUUCAUGGAAGAGGGGAAAAUCGCAGUGAACUAAAAUGCAAAUUAUAUCUAGAUUAGUUGAGAUGACUAUUUGAUCUGAGUAGUUUUGACAAGUUUAGAAGCUUGGACGUAAAGGUGCAUUGUGUAACUUUUCUGGUGGAAGGUCCAUCGAAUGCUUUUCUCCAUGGAGAUGUUAUUGCUUUGUAUGGAAUGUUUCACAGUAUGGCAUUAUGGAAACCAAACCAGACCAAGGUACAGGUCAGAUCUGUGGAGAGGCGACCUCACUCAGUCAGAUUUCCUGUUUUUCUAGGUAUUUUUGAGCUAUAAAACCACUUGUAAUUGAAUAAAUAUAAUGUAGAGCUGUUUUAAUGCCACAUUGUGGAACAUUCCAGGCAGAGCAAUGACGUAUCCAUAGAAACAAGCAGAUGACAGACCUCCAUCCAAAAAGUUACAUAGUGCAUCUUUUAAGAAUGAUCGAACAUUACACAGUAUUUAAAUAUUUCUUUAAAAAAUCUGCAAUUUUUGUGUAUAUAUUACAAUUCGACAAACAGAUAAUUUUACUUGGAAAAAGCUUCUGAUUCAAAAACAAGUCUUAACUAUUCAGUCAUAUUGAGUAAAAUCAGGUCAUUUUAACUAAUGGAUGAGUUUGCAUUUGUCCUAAUGAAUGUGUCUUUAUCAAAUGUGGUACAAUCGCAUAGAAAUUAUUGUAUAUUUUUUGCUCCGUUUUGGUUUUAACUUUUCCAGAUUGAAAAUAAAAACUGCUCUCGCUGAUCUGAAAACUAUACCAAGCGUUGUAGUUGGACUUGACAGUACUACUGUAGUUGUAAUAUUAUUUCGUAUACAUUUAAUACUUACACAUGCGGGUAUUUUUGAGUUACGUUUUUGUCUAUAGAAGUUUGAAUGUAGAACUUACUUGAAACUUUACUGCAUUUCGUCUCCCUGGUACUUUGAAGGAUUGUAUUUCUUAUUAUAAACUGUUUCAGGGCCAGACUUUUAAACGGACAUAUUUAAUUUCUUUGUUCAGAACUAAAUGUAGUUAACCACGUUGUGCUUUCUAUGUGACUACUUGUAUUGCGUGACACGGAUUUUACAACCUUUCAUCAUUAAAAUUUCGUGAGGUUUAGUCAAAUCCUUUUAGAAUCUCUGCCUGAUUUGCGUCACUCAUUUUGAUAUCACUAAAACGUGCGCGUUACGGACUCUACAGGCUGCCGUAGUUUACUCAUCUUCAAGUGCCUAACUCGUCGUUGUUUUUCCAAUACUGUAACCACAAUCGCAGCUAUGUUUAAUUUAUUUUUUCUUCAUAUAUUUUCAGUUUUUUUUUUUUAUAUUGCAAAUGUUGUCCGUGAAAAUUCUAAGAGGAUGUUUCUCAGGAGGCUUGCUGUUCUUCUUAAUGCCUGCACUUUAUAUCAGGUUUUAGUUACAAUAUACUCCAUUUUUACCAAUACAUUUUGAAAUCUCUUCAGUUACAUCAGGUUUUUUAAGUUUAUUUUUGAUGUUUCCUCUUUUGUAGCGUUAAUUUAUUUAUAA